AAUGAAGAUAUACCUUCGAUGGUGGUCGGGAACAGCUCCGGCGAAUCAUUUCGUUGGUCUCUGCCGUCAAUCGCCGGUGGUUUGGACUUUCACUGAUUUACGGAGGUUCUCAUGGUACUUGUCUCUACUUAAGUUUUCUCCUUGUCUCUUGAUCCUUUGCUGUUCCUGGGAUCGGCGCUUCUGCGGGACCGGAGAGCUAUGGCUAUGAUCGAUGUCGCCAUAUCUUGCCUCGAUUCGAUCCGCCAAAUAUCAGAGGAUAUUCAAGAUGCCAUUGUGUAUAUCGAUGCCGGGUGCACAGAAAGUUUCCAAUUUGUUGGAGCAUUCCCUUUGUUCUUGGAAUUGGGAGCUCGGUCAAUCUGCAGCCUUGAAAACGUGAAUCCUCUUGAUGCGGUGGCUGGUUGGAGUUCAGAGAGUGAUAGUGCAAAGAAAAUCAUGGUCAUGACGUCUCAACUUCUCAAUGAUGCCCAUCGAUAUACACUACGGUGUCUAAUUUCACACCAAGGUGUUCGCCACUGUGCAAUAUUUACAUCAAUCGCUGAGGGAGCUCACUCAGCAUGCCCUGAUUCACCUCUGGGUCCAGAUGCAUAUCGAGAGUAUGAGGCGUUACUUGUGCAGGAUUAUAAUGAACAUAUCAAGAAAAGCAAGAUAACAUCUGAAGACAAAGGACAAUUAAAGUUCUCAUCUUUACUUGAUCCUCUGACCCUUGAUUCUGAUUCUAGUGAAAACAAAGAUAAUCCAUUAGGUGGGGCGGAAGAUUAUGGACAAAAGUUGGUGGUCUCGGUCUGUCACUUCCCCAUGGUUAUUUGCCCGUUUUCCCCUAGAGUGUUUGUCUUGCCUUCCCAGGGUUCAGUCGCAGAAGCAUCCUUGUCCAAUCAACACGAGGAUUCUCUUAGUUAUGGUCUGCCUUCCAUAAGUACCGGAUCUUUGUCCGAUACUGACGAUGUUCCCCCUGGGGCAACUCUUACAGCACAUUUUCUUUACCAUCUGGCUCUGAAGAUGGACUUGAAGUUGGAAAUCUUUUCACUUGGGGAGCUAUCGAAGAGUAUUGGGAAGAUCAUGACAGAUAUGUCAAGUCUUUAUGAUGUAGGGCGCCGCAAGAGAUCUGCUGGCUUGUUACUCAUCGACCGGACGCUUGAUCUUAUCACUCCCUGCUGCCAUGGGGAUUCACUAGUCGAUCGUAUAUUUUCAUCUUUGCCACGGGCGGAACGAGUAUCACCCCAUGCCAACAUACGAAGUUCACAAGCGCAGCUUAAGCAAGGGCCUCCUAGCAUAGAACGUCCUUCUAUCGAUGUUAAAGUACCACUCGGGGAAAUAUUAAACGAAGAAGACUGCAAGAUCCAGGAUUCUCGCCUUCCUGAAGGAGUUGAAGCUUUUCUACGUGGCUGGGAUUCGUAUAUUUCCCCCGUGCAAGAUGUAGAUCCGCUUAACAGCGGUGGUAAAGUUCGUGAUGAGAAGGCUAACUCUCUCUGGUCUGAAUUGCUGAACGGUUCCCUUGUUGCGACCGAAUGUUUUAGGGGAACACCUUACCUUGAAGCCAUGCUCGACAGAAAAGCGAAAGACGGAGCUGUUUUGGUGAAGAAAUGGCUUCAGGAGGCAAUGCGUCGUGAGAAUAUCGCUGUUAAUGUGAGAUCUCGACCUGGUUAUGCUACAAAGUCGGAGCUUCACACCAUGAUUAAAGCAUUGGCCAAAAGCCAGUCGUCUCUGCUGAGAAAUAAAGGUAUUAUUCAGUUAGCAGCAGCUACUACCUUCGCCCUCGAUGAAUCCCGAGCCGCCAGGUGGGAUGGUUUUAGCAGCGCGGAGAAAAUGUUACGUGUCAGCGCCGGCGACACAAGUCAGAGUUUGGCUGCUCAAAUCAGUGAUCUUAUCAAUAAAAGCGCCUUGGCAGAAAUGCAAAGAAAUAAGGAUGAGAAAUCGGAUUCCAUGUCGGGAGGGUUGCUAUCUUUCCGAGAUGCCCUUCUUCUUACAGUCGUUGGAUACAUCCUGGCUGGUGAGAAUUUCCCGACAUCUGGUUCAGGCGGUCCGUUCUCUUGGCAAGAGGAGCAUUUUCUUAAAGAAGCUAUCGUUGAUGCCGUUCUUGAAAAUCCAUCUGCAGCAGCAAAGCUAAAGUUUCUCGAUGGUUUGACAGAAGAGCUCGAGGGCAGAUUGAACCAUCUAAAGUCCGAGGAAACCAAAGAAGAAACAGCUUCUGAUCAAUUAGAUAUCGACGCUCUUGACGAUGACCCAUGGGGUAAAUGGGGUGACGAGGAAGAAGAAGAAGAAAAUGCCGAUCAUAGUAAAGGAGAUGAAUCCUACGACGAUAUGCAGUUGAAACUGGACUUGCGGGAUCGGGUGGACAACCUGUUUAGGUUUCUCCACAAACUAUCGAGUUUGAGAACGAGAAAUCAGCCACUGAAGGACGGGUCGUUGGCUUUCGAAAGCGGGGAUCCAUCAGGAAGCAAAGGGUUACUAUACAGAAUUCUGACAAGGGUGUUGAGCAAAAACGAGAUACAUGGCUUAGAAUACCACUCAUCUACCGUGGGAAGGCUUUUCAAAAGCGGGUUUGGUAGGUUUGGCCUUGGCCAGGCGAAACCGAGUAUUGCGGAUCAAAGCGUGAUUCUUGUCUUUGUCGUCGGGGGAAUCAACGGUCUCGAGGUUCUGGAAGCUCAGGAGGCGGUGUCGGAAAGCGGAAGCCCGGAUAUCGAACUGGCUAUCGGAGGAACGACUCUUCUGACUCCCGACGACAUGUUCGAUCUUCUGUUGGGACAGUUGAGCCAUUUUUGAAACCCCCCUUUGGACAAAUCUUUUCCUGUUGUAUCCUGUCCAAACUACUGCCGCAGUUAAAGUCCAAUCACGUCAGAUAACAUUAAACACAGAUAUCGGUGUUUCACUCACACUCGCUAGGGUUUCCGAAUUUUCGCGGGUUGAAAAUUUGAAAAUCGUGUAUUCGUCCA